GGUCCCCCCACCCGGCGAGGCCCGUGGGGCAGGCCCUAUGGGGGGAAGGCGGGGCUCCCGGAGGACGUCCACUACGGCGUUCUGGGGUUCACGGAGCUCGGCGCCCCGGCCUCUCCCGGGCAGCGGCUCUUCCCCAUCCAGUGCCCAGGGCUGCCGCGAAGACAAGGUGCCCGAGCGUGCGGGCUCCGGCCUCCCGCGGAACGUGCUCAGCGAGCGGGAGCGCAGGAAGCGGAUCUCUGUGAGCUGCGAGCGCCUGCGGGCCCUGCUGCCCCGCUUUGAUGGCCGGCGGGAGGACAUGGCCUCGGUCCUGGAGAUGUCGGUGCAGUUCCUGCGGCUGGCCGGCGGCCUGGUGCCCAGCCAGGAGCUGCCCACCGCCGCUCUCGCUCCGUCCAAGGAGACGUGGCGUAAGUGGCAGAGGGACGUUUUGCAGCUGGCCCUGUCAAGCCCGACCUCAGCAGGGGCACCAGACUCCGGGAUGGCGGCGCCUGGCGUGGCCGUGCCCCAGGCUGCGACCGCAGGUGUGGCCGAGGGCGAGGCCCCGCUGGGGGCGGCCGAGGUGCUGGACGGGCCGCCAGCCCUCCCCGAGCCUUGCAGCCUGGUGACCCGGCCCCCAGACCCAAGUCCCUCCAAGGCCCUGAGGUUGCCUCCACCCUGGCCUCCCCGCUCCUGGCAGCCACCCUCCCCUCUGGUGAGCAAAGAGGCUCAGAGCUGCCGGGGCCACGCUGGGCCCCUGAUGGAGGGGGCCGACUCUUCCAUGACACUGGACGCCAGGUCUGCGUCCGGAUGUGAUGUGGAAGAUGGGGCGUCCUUCCUGCUGAGCGCCAGUCCCGACUGGUGGCUGGGGUCUCUGGAGGGCAGAGGCGCCAGUGUCCCUUCUCGGAGCAUGGCCAGGAGCAGCCUGCUGGACAGGGCAGAGCCCAGCUUCCUGACAGACAUCGGGCCCGGCUCCCAGGAGCUCCCAGACGGCCCCCUGGAACCCUGGGGCUCGGACGCCGGCUGCCCCAGCCUGGCCCUGCGGGAUGAGGUGGACAGCAUCUUCCCCGACUUCUUUCCCUGCUAGGCGGUGGGGAGGGGGUCAGUGCCACACGUGCCCAUGUCACGUGCCGGGUGGCUCAUCCCGGGUUCGGGGGGCGGCGGGGCCGGCUGCGUAUUAAAGGCGGUGCUUCUCCGGAAACCAGA